AUGGACUUUAAGUUUAGAUUAAUAAGGCCUAGAUAUUUGGUCUUAAGAGUCAUAGUAUUCUGUUACGUGCUGAUUUUUGUGUUGGCUAAUAAGAGUGCUUCCAAGCAGUUGAAUGCAUCGGAGCAAUCUUCGGAUGACAAGCUAACUAGUUUAGACAACCCGCAAAACUCUAGCCCAAAUGAACUAGAAGUUGCUUCUAACCAGGCCAACAAUGAUGGUUUGCUUAAUUGCGGGAAUUUGAUUGAUUUUGAAUCUGCUGUUUCUGAUCAGAGUAAUAGUGAGCAUUGGGUUAGUGUUGACGUUGCAGUUUCUGAUCAGAGCAAUAGUGGGUAUUGGUAUGAUUGUGGGGAUUGGUUUGAUUCUGGAUGUUUGAUUAAUGCUAAACCUGUUGCUUCUGAUCAGAACAGUAGUGAGAAUUUGGCUAGUGUUGAACCUGUUGUCUCUGAAGAGGACAAUAUUUGGAAUCUAGUUGAUAUAUCGCAGCUGACCAAUGAAUUGGCGAAUUCAAACAAUCCAGAGAGGGAAGAUGUUUGUGGUAAGUUGCUGUGGUCAGCUGAUAUUUUGUGGUCUUAUGCUAAAAAGCAUGUUACAAGGUUUGAAAGAGUUGAUAAUGAUGAGCAGGUAGCCCAACAGAGCUCUAGUGGCACAUCAGAAAGUGAUGACAGCGCCGUACAACUUGCAAAGGCGCAUGCAGCUACUACCAUUAAGAUCGAGAGUAUGUUGCAAUUAGAUAAAGCCAUCGAUGCUAUUGAACAACAAAUUCAAGAGCUACCAAAGACAUAUCAGUGGUACACUAACUCAUUGGAGUCGGAUUAUAACAAAGUUGUGGAUAUAAUUGGGAAUAUAAAGAAAGAGAUUCACCUAUUGGUUGAGCAGGAAAAGAAUAUUGAUAGCGUAUUUCAGACGAAACUUGAGGCCAUAACCCAACUCGAGGACAUUGACAAUUGGUUUGGCGGCUGGUUUUCUCUAAUACAGAAGCCAGCUUAUAAUAGACAAAGUGCUUAUUUCAUCCAAACAUUGAAGAAGAUAUCUGUGGCUAUCAAGCCGCUUUUUAAUACUUUGUGUGACCAUAUAAACCCGAACUAUUUGAAUGCAACCGAUAUUGGCCUUCUAAAAAUCCUGUUGUCUGCGCACAUCAAGAACAAUGACUCCCUAAUGGAUAAAUUCUGGCCACGGAUCGAGGAAUACAUGGAUCAUACCAAAACGAACCAAGAAAUACAUACUUCAAUUAGCACGAUGGCACAACACUUAUCUACCUUCUACGAUCACAUUUGUAAGGAAAAACAUGAGAGCAUCCCUUCCCAAGUUGUUUCCUAUCCUAUAGACUGGAGUAGUCUCAACUGGACCCGGGUGAUUGAAGUUCAAGAUGUAAUUGGUGCCCCAAAGUCUCUAACAGAGUGGACCGAGUUCUAUGCUGAUGUUACAAGCCAACUUUGUCAGAUGCUAAAGAGUUCAACUUCGAAAAUAACCCCAAAAGACAAAAAUCAAAGCAUUGAUGACAUAUCAAAAUAUACUCACGAAGUAAAUGUGACCUUAGAGUCAAUGACUAAGAUAUUCGUAGAUGUGGUUGAUCGUCUUAACCAAAUUCGCUACCAGCCAAAUGAUUCUAUUGAUCUCUUCCUACAUCAAAAUGAGCCAAUCAUUAUGGAUCAACAAACCCAUAUCCUUGGCGAGUUGCCGAUAUCGAAUGAUGGCUUGAAAAAAGCUUGGUUAAACGCGGACCUUGAGGUUAUAAUGUUUGAAAUGUUCGAAUCCCUUUUGGACAAGUUUAUUCCAUACCCUGAUUCUAUAGAAAACGCUAUUGCAAACUCCUUUAUCGGGGUUGUUGAACGCUAUUAUAAUUUUGAGGAUGCCGAUGCGACUUUGGCUCAAAUCACACGCCUUGUCCAACAAGCCAUGGCCAAGUAUAUUCUGCGUUUGGCAGAUAGAUAUAACUACAUUAGAUUGCUGUUCCAGCGUGCCAAAGAGAUACAGAGCCUUCAAAUGUGCUGGAAACAGCAAACUUCGAAGAACAAUGUCUCAAAGAUGCCAAAAGACAUGGAAGAAAUUCAAUCUGACCAUCAAAACAUUAACUCGAUAAACGCGGAGAUCGACCCUUAUCACAAGAUGCUCUGUUUAUCUGAGAACUGGGUUGAACAAGUCAGAAAGUAUCUUAGCCUACCUCCUUUCAACCACAUCUUUGAUGAUCUUAUCGACCAGAAUCUGAGCCAGCUUGUCAUUUUCAUCGGUCAGGUGAGUGAAUACAAGAAUAAGUCAGAUUUAACCUCCUUUUUGAAUAAGGUCACUGCGGGCCAAAGCAGCCCGGCCUUUGCCCAGUUAAAGAUUAUUGAGCUUGUUUGCUUGGUAAACCGCAGGUUUAAUAUAGGCAUUUUCGGUCUAUGUAAUGGCUUCCGGGUACAGGAGAAAAUAGAAGAAGUCGUUGCUGAGAUUAACCAAGACACCGCAAAGCUCUUCGACGACCAAAAAGCCGCGCUUGCUAAAACAUCGGAUCUUUUAAACACACUGACUCAAUCACUGCGCCGCUUGUUCAACCAAUUUCUCGAUCCCACCGAAGUCGAGAGACUAUUUUUACAAGCUCCUUACAAGUAUCAAGAUACAAAAGGCACAAUAAUAGAGUAUCUAGCACCUAGAUGGUCCACCCUACCCUUAUUGCCUUUAAACUCUAAGACAGCCCAAUCAUCCGAAGAGAAUAGUAACCCUGCAAAUGUGACUGUUUGCAACUCUAAGAGCACGGCUUCUUCUAACCCAGAACAGAAGCCCAAUAUCAACCCAAUACCAUCAUAUGAGCGAUACACCGUAAACACAAGCUCCUCCAAGCAUAAAUCCAGCCACCCCCUUUCAUAUAAUGGCAUCAUUCCUAUCGUCAUCACCCAAUCCAAACAAACUCCUGUUGUGCCAAGCCCUUCCAAGCCACCCUAUGCUUCUCAUUCAACCUCAUUCAACCUCUCCUCGCAAACAAACCCGCCCCGCCAUAGUGUAUGGAAAAAUAGCGGUCAUAACGGCCACGGAUCGGCCAACAACACUCAGAGCAUUCCUUCCCCUACCAUACCAGUGCCAACAUUCAGCAAAGAAGAAUCUGCCCAAGACACAUCACCGCCCAAGGCAGCCCAACCAACCACCACAAGUCAUUCAAAUAGCCAAAAGAGCUCGGGCAAUAUCAAAUUGGCAGCACUGCUUACUGGAGGAGGACUUUCCGUCCUAGGAUUAAUCUUUGCUGUCGGUAAGCUUAUCCAUAGUCGAGUUUAA